AUGAUUUCUGUGAUGAACGGAAUCAAUGCCUCUUCUUCAUUCGGUUUUCCUGGAGGUAUCAUGGAUACGAAACCAUUCUAUCAUAAGUUUGCCGCUGCUAAUGUAGGUCCGAUUGCAUGUAGCAUUGAAUCAGAUAGGAAUCACGGAUCACCAGUACUUUCUGCAAGCACAUUAUCACAUAUUUUCAAUACAAACCUAUCUAGCCUACCCGGCGGACAUCACAGCCACGCAACAAAUUCGCAACAAUAUGCUUAUGGAUAUGAUUGGGCAUCUCAACAGCAAGCUGCAGCUGCUGCUCAUAUUUCCGCCCAACAAGCCGCAGCUGCUCAACAAGCUGCUGUUCAACAGGCUGCUGCUGUUGCCGCCAACGUUGCUUCUGUUUCAUCAGCAUCUGGCUCUUCAAGCGCAAAUUCUCCCACUUCAAUAGCAAAAGCAGCUUUUCUUUCUUCAUCAUCUGCAACUGGUCAGAAUUUCUAUCCACAUCCUCUUUACAUUUCAUGUUUUGACAUGAUGAAUCCAAUGUGCCAAGCCGAACUAUACGGGUCUAACUUUCAUGCAGCUCAUGCAGCUGCUGCAGUAGCAUCUGGCCAUUCAUGGCCGUAUGGCUAUCCACAACAGUACCCUUUUUCUACUCAUCCUUAUCCUGGAGCUAUGGUAGCUGACAUGACUGGUUUAACAGGUUAG